AUGUCUGAAAAUACAUCCAUGGUGCCGCUGGCAUCUCGAAUAGCGGCGCUGGUUCACGCCCAUUUCGACGCAUUGCCCGCACGCAACAAACCAAAGAUAUUUGCCGAUGGUUCCAGAGAGUGGAUUCCGAUGACAGGCAUUGUGGCUGUCAAAGGAAAACACACGCCUUCAGAAAGCUUGCACUGCAUAUCUGUCACGAGCGGUGCAAAAUGCUUGCCGGCCUCUCAAAUCCCUCGCUGUCAGGGCCUUGUCCUCCAUGAUUGUCAUGCCGAAAUAUUGGCCAUUCGCGCUUUCAACUACUGGCUUCUGACUGAAUGCCACGCUAUUUUGACCGAGGAAAAGAGCCAUAUAUUUAAACCAAAUAAAACUGGCGAAACUAAGCACGAUUUCAUUCCGAGGUCUCCGUUCAUCCGCAGAAGACAACAAGCCGAAAAUAGAGCGAAUGAAGCCAAACCACCAGUCGCAUGGCCACCUUUGGAGAUUCAGCCUGAUAUUAACUUUUAUAUGUACUGCACAUGCGCUCCAUGUGGCGAUGCAAGUAUGGAGCUCUGCAUGGCAAACCAAGAGGAUGCAACGCCAUGGGAGGUGAACCGUCCCACCAAUCCGAACUUGGCAGACCAAGGGGAUCUCCUUGAAGAAACCCUCCUAGAUGGCAGGGCUCAUUUUUCUCUUCUUGGCGUGGUUCGCCGGAAGCCGGCGCGCAUGGACGCUGAAUCAACACGAAGCAAAUCUUGCUCAGACAAGCUUGCUCUACGCCAGGUAUCUUCUCUACUAUCCUGUGAGACCAGUCUUCUGGUUGCUCCGACAGAGAAUGCAUACUUAACUGGUCUCAUCCUUCCUGAAGAUGAGGUUUCCCGAACGGCCUGUGACAGGUCGUUUGGAGAGAAGGGCCGCAUGGAGGCUUUGGCAGGCCGAUCAUGGCCGGAAACCCCGGCAUACGAUGGAAGUACGACUACAUAUCGAUUCCGACCAUUUGAGGUUCUCUCCGUGCCAGCAGAGGAAGUUGACGCACUUUGGCAAUUUGCGAAACCGAAAGCCGGCGAAGCCCGCUCGUUGCUGCCGUCCGAGCAACCGAGUGAUGCCACAGCCCCCAAAGUUGCACCCAAGAAAAGCAAGCCGGGAAACCAAGCAGAUGCCGGCCUUGUGCCAUUCAAAGACUGGCCUAGCAUCCUUCAGCCAAAGGCAUGUCUUCAUAAACACGAGGAUUCCCAAGACCAGGCGCAGGAUGGCCAUACAUUUCACCCUAUCCCGGAAGCGAACACAUAUGAAGAGUUCAAGCGGGCUGGAGAUGAUGUCACAGGUCCCCUUCGAAUUCGCGCGAAGGCAAUUCAUGAUGCUAAGGAAGUCCUCAAGGGAUGGGUGUCAAAUUCAGGGGACGAGGGCUGGGGUCUAGAUGUGCUAAUCGAUCCAAAGAAGCGCAAGCGCUGA